CCUACCGGCUUUCCGAUGUUUGAACAACGGUUCCUUCGUUCAGAAACCUUAUUGUCUCCUUUCACGGCCGACGAUGAUUUCCAGGGUUUCAGGCCUCUUGAUCAAGAGGGUUCUCUCCCAUAGCAAACCCACCUUCAUUUGUGCUCCUCAAGGCAUUACAGGUAAACUACACCGUCCAGUUCUCUUACAGAGUAGAUGGGUCAGGGCAUUCUCAUCAUCAGAAAGAAGUGAAAACGAGGUGUCAACCAGUAAUCCUGGUGAAGAUGCUCCUAUGUCCUACAGUUACAAAGCAGAUUCCAGCAUAGAAAAUCUUGAAGGAAACAGUUCCGUGCAUUACAGAGCUCUGUCAAACCUGAAAGCAUCUACAAGGCAUGAUAUGGUCAUGAUGUACACUUGCAAAGUCUGUGAAACAAGAUCUGCAAGGACAGCAUGCAGGGAAUCUUAUGAAAAGGGAAUAGUGGUGGUCCGAUGCAGCGGCUGUAACAAUCUGCAUCUUAUAGCAGAUCGUUUAGGGUGGUUUGGGGAACCUGGAAGUGUUGAGGAUUUCCUUGCUGCUCGAGGUGAAGUUGUGAAGAAAGCAUCAUUAGAAACUAUGAAUCUGACAGUAGAAGACUUGGCAGGCACAAAGUCCACUUAACAUUUUAAUUCUAUGUGGAAUUGUAUAUUCCAUAAAUUUUGGUUUUGAGGUUUUGAAAGAACACCUUUGCAGAAGUGCAAGGUCACUCUUGUAUUGUGAUGCUUUAAGAUGUAUUGGGCUUGUUUAUCUGCUCGUUAACCAUGUUUUACAACUACUAUCUUUUAAUCAAAGCAACCCAAAAAAGAUAAGGCGGUCAUGGACUUCAAGCAUAUC